CUCUACAAUGCCAUAAGGCUCUACAAUGCCAUGUUUGCAUUUACUUCGAGUGGUGGCAAUGUUGAUCACUCUAUCAACAAUGGCCGUGGACCAUAUGUUUACAGACUCAAUGGCCAGAACCACCAUGUAUUUGGACAGUUAAUACCCGAUGAUGGACAAGCUCCCAAGUACUGUCAGCUAUACAUUUACGAUACAGCUAAUGAAGUGAAUAAUCGCCUCCGUUGGGUUAGUGUUGCUGACCAGCAAGCAGUUGAUACAGAUGUGGUUCAUGGAUUGAUACAAAUGUUGGAUCAGACCAAUGAAUUGGUGGCCAAGUUUCGGAUGGCACGUGAUCGAUUUGAAAAUUCAGACUUGGUUGAUUUGAAGGUAGAGCUCAAAGUAUGCAGAGCACAAAGUGGUAGAGAGAAUCAUAUUUCCUCUUCUGACGAGGUAGCGGGUAUAAUGGUUGGUAGCGCAGUGACUGUACUAUUGCUGACCGCGAUAUAAUAGUUGAGCAGAAAUUUGGUGGCUUGAAAAGAAUAUCAUAUAUUCACCCUAAACUCAUGGCUCUCCAAUACCCCCUACUUUUUCCCGACGGUGAGGAUGGUUAUCACAAUAGGAUACGGUUUCAGAGCGCAGAUAAAGAUUCAGACAAAGAACGUGACAUGAUAUCAAUGAAGGAUUAUUACUCCUACAAAUUCCAAGUGAGACAGAAUGAAGGAAUAACUCCUAGAUUAGGAGGGCGGCUUUUUCAACAGUAUAUGGUCGAUGCAUUCUCUACUAUGGAGCAGACUCGAUUGUGGUGGUUUCGUACACACCAAACCAUCCUCCGAAAUGAAUUGUACACCCAUAUCUGUGAUUCUGUUAGGAAUGGAGAUGGGAACUCAUCCAAUGUAGGUAAAGGAGUCAUUUUGCCAGCUGGAUAUGUAGGUUCCAAGCGUUACAUGCAACAGAAUUUUCAGGAUGCACUGGCUGUCUGUCGUCACAUAGGACAUCCUGAUAUUUUUUUGACCAUGACUUGCAAUUCCAUGUGGGAUGAGAUUCAGAGGAUGAUGGCUUAUCUACCUGGCUGUCUUUCUGCAAACAGCCCCGAUAUAAUAUCCAGAGUGUUCCGGUUGAAGCUGGAACAGCUAACAAAUGAUAUUAAAAAAAAGUCACAUUUUGGGAGAUGCGUUGGAGUUAUGUAUGUGGUGGAGUUUCAAAAGCGCGGCCUACCCCACGUUCAUAUGUUAAUUUGGCUUGAUGGUCCUUCUAAGAAAUUCUUAAAAGAAAAUGUAGACAAGUUUGUUUCAGCAGAGAUUCCAGAUCCUGAAGUUGAUCCUGAUGGAUACGCUGCUGUCAAAGCUGAAAGAUGACGACCUCAGCACACCAACAACUGGAAUUUCUUCUACAAAAACAAGGCCAAGGGUUGAUAUUGAGCCGGUGGCAUUUGAUCCAAAAGAAGAUACACCAGCCAAGCUCAACAAAAAGGAUAAGAAGAAAAAGGAGUAACUGCUUUGUACUGGACGUCAACAACUACUUUUGCCAAUGAAGAAGAAUUUGAAACUUCGGUCUCUGAUACAAUUCAGAGUUUCCAAGACUUUUGUUAUAAUUUCUCUGAAUCUAUGACUCUGUCUGUUUAAAUAUUCUAAACUGUGCUGAAUAUGUUUGUACUAUUUUUUGGCGUCCAGGAACUUAACUAUUUAAUCUACUCGGACUAUUGUUUUAUAUAAUUGCAUACCUAUAUAGCUGCUUCCUACCAAAUCAGUAUUUAAUCUUGCACAGGAGUAGUAAGUUGAGGUAUUUAAUAUGCACUUUAAUUGCAUCAGCUGAAAUUUCACAGAUUAGGUUAUCUCUAUAUAUACCACAUGCAAUAAACUGUGAGAAAUCUACCAAAACAUAUCAACUGCAUCCAAAGGCAAAAUGUCUUCACGCUAUGCAGCUCUUGCAAACCUCAAAACAGGAGUUGAUAACUACAAGAUAAAAGUUCGAGUCAUACGCAAAUGGAGAGGAGCGACGAAAACUGGAGAAGAAUUCAAAAACUUCAACAUCCUGCUGCUAGACAACAAGGUUAGUACAAUCAAACUGCAAUUAAAAUUGUAUGAUUUAACAAAUGAAGUUGUGCUCUAAGUACCAGAACAGAUUACUACUAAAUUGCAUAUUUUGCUGAAUAAUACAAUACAUGCUUUCGUACCAACAACCUGUGCCUAUGACUUGGAAAGGCAGAUCAGAGUUGGAAGCAUCAAUAUUAUUACAGGUUUUAUUGUACAGGACUACAAAAAAACAGACAAGUUUAGGGUUGUGCGGAGGGAUAAUCAGCUUAUUUUCACAACAGACACAAAGAUCCAGCAAAUUGAAGAAACUGCAGCACAAAUUGCAACUGAGAUCUUUGACUUUUAUGAUCUCAGUGAACUUAAGAACUACAUGACUGAAAC